GUGUGUGUGUGUGUGUGUGUGUGUGUGUGUGUGUGUGUGUGUGUGUGUGUGUGUGUGUGUGUGUGUGUGUGUGUGUGUGUGUGUGUGUGUGUGUGUGUGUGUGUGUGUGUGUGUGUGUGUGUGUGUGUGUGUGUGUGUGUGUGUGCACAGCGUGGGUUUUUUGGCCCUUGGCAGCAUCUCAGCCUUUUGUUUUCCAGAGAGUAUAAUUUCCGUUCCCAAGAGAGAGUGUGUGUAAAAUGUAAAACGCCUUCUGUCUUCUCUUUUCUCCCCCUCUGUGUGUGUGUGUGUGUGUGUGUGUGUGUGUGUGUGUGUGUGUGUGUGUGUGUGUGUGCGUCUCUCAGAAAUCGUGGACUACAUGGAGCGUCUGCAGGUCUUGAGAGAGAUCGUGAAGAAGUUUCCUCCUGUCAACUACCAGGUCUUUAAAUACAUCAUCACACAUCUCAACAGGGUGAGUCAGCACAGUAAGACGACUCUGAUGCCUGCAGACAACCUCUCCAUCUGCUUCUGGCCCACGCUGAUGAGACCCGACUUCGAGAACAAAGACACGCUGUCCACCACCAAGCUGAACCAGGCGGUCAUCGAGUCGUUCAUCGUGCAGAGCGACUACUUCUUCCACGGCGGCGAGGUGGCGGAGAGUUCGAGCAGCGAGGGAACGCCGCCGCCUCACUGCCACAACAUGGUGGAGGCUCUACUUCCUCUGCAGCUUCCUCCGCCUCUCCAACCGCAGCAGAUCCAACACACGCUGCACCCGGACCCCCUCAUCUGAAAUCAUCUGAGAAGAGAGG